AUGUCGCCAGUGAAGUUCAUCCCGGCGGGACGCCGCGGUGCGAUAUCCAAGAAACGACGGCUCUCGGCCAGGACUUCGCUGUUGCGAGCUAGUAAGUACUGGCGCAACGACUCGGAGUGGGCGUACAUCCCGCAGGGCCGUAUGAGGAUCACGGGCAUCGCAUAUCUCCAGGAGGGCUAUACUUCGAGGAGGACGUCGAGAAGGUUGACAUGUGGUUUCUCCCACAAGGCGUCCCGCAAGCUCGCUGCAGGGCCUAGAGGGAGGCUACUGGUGAGACUGAACUUCAAGGUUCCCGAGUCCACGCUCGAGCACCUCCCCACGCGCGGGAAGUUCAUCCUCCGCUCGAUCUUCUCCGAGAAAAGCACCGCAGACGGGACGCAGUCCGGCCCGACCCCGACUCGCCGCAGGCUCACGCACAAGGUGCUCGUGAAAGAGCCGACCGAAGUGCCUGGCAGCGAGGUGCGCGUCGCGGACAGCACGGACCUCCCGGUAACGGUCAUCAGCGUGGCGCACGUCGUCAUUAACACUGGCGCGCUGCGCGAGAUGCACUGGCACCCCAUCGGAUACGGGCCCAUCGCGAUGCUCGAGAUCUUCAAGUCGCCCAAGUUUGACGAGUUUUCGCCCGACCGGUGGCUCGCGGUCGCAUCGCCGCACCUCAUUCAAGCGCACUUGAAUGUCGAAAAAGCGUUCACGAAGGCGCUCGACAAAGGCCACACUCCGAUUCGUGAUGGUCAUGUACACAGGACAUGGGACAUGCAGCGAAGAACGCCUCAGGGAAGCCUUCUGCGAAGUUCUGAGAGGCCGCGACGUGAGAAGAUACUGAAGAGCACAGGCAGUCACAGCCACAAUACGCAUGCCACUCAAUCACGUAUCGGGUCGGCGUUGGAUCCGGGCAGCACCAAAUGGGAGGAUCCAGAAGACCGGUUCCUUAUACACGGCCUUGCUCAUCGCCCACGAUCGGACGUGAUCGUCCUCCGGGAUGGCAAUCGUUUGUCUCCUCCCUUAGACGACAUGGCACCCACACCAGUCGCGAUACGGGGUGCAGAUGGGCAGACUUACGACGACGAAUCGGGUGCCGAUAGACGGAGCGACGACGACUCGAGAAGACGUGCCUCUGUGCAGAGCAGCUUGCUGUUGAUCCCCGACGCUACUCGCUUUCCACUCGAAAUCUUCGAGGACAUCAUCGACCAAAUGCACAACGACACAUUGCCUGCAGCGGCGCAGGUCUGUGCAGCAUGGUACCCUCGAGCCAUGCGCAACCUCUACUACACCGUCGAAAUUAGCACACGCAGACGCUUCGACAUGUUGUUCAAGCAGUGCCGCGCGUCUCUGCGUGUCAAGCAGUGGCUCGCAACCACCCGCGAGCUGCGAGUCACGGACGAUACUACCCCCAACGUUCUUUCAAGACUCGUACUGUACGGAAUUGCUAAACACAAGACUAUCAGCUAUGAAGUGGAGGCUACAUCCUUUGUGCAUAAUACCGCCUUGCGAUCCUUGGUUCUCGAUUUCUAUGGUCUCGAUCUCAAAGCGCAAGAUCAGGGGGAUGCGAUGAACAUAGUAGCGCGCAGGUCCCACGAUAUCCUCUCCACUGUCCGAAGCCACCAGCUCGAGCACAUCGAGAUCCUCCCUGGAUUUCACAUGGACCACCUCUCUGCACCCACCCUCGAGCGCGUCGAUUUACGGGCCCUGCACGAGACCAUGAGCCAGCCGCACUUCAACGCGCUGAAAGAUGUCAGCGUGAAGAUGUGCCUGCGGGUUUCGCAGGCUUGCCACAGCACCAGCAAAGCUCAGGCCGAGGAUGUCCGUCAGAAGUUCGAGGCCAUGUUUCGGGAGGUUCUCCAGCCGUGGUCUGACCGCGGUAUAAUCAAGCACUUCACCCGGGGACCGAUAUAGUGUAGACCCGCUUGUGUCUCAUGGUUCUCGAGACAUGCUCCCUUGCUCCGACGGGUGACUCGUAGGGACGCUGUAUUGCAUUUGGAAACCGAACUGUUAGCUUACGAGGCGCCAAUUCAAAGCAGCAUUCUGGAUAUAGCGCGGCGCUGUGAGGCUGCAAAGGCAGUCAGUAGACAGGCCACGUCCAAAACCACCUGUUGACACAAUUAGAUCAACGCAUCGGCCAUCGGCGGACUCGAUAGAUGCCUGUCGAAUUUCUGAGACCCGGAAGCC